AUGCUUACCAAAAUUAAGUCAUCUUCUGGGAUUGUUCUUCUAACGUUGGCUUAUUUUAUUUAUGUAUUUACAUUUAUAUGUUAUCCAAUUAAAUCUGAAAAUUCCAUUAUAUUAAAUCAAUUAUCACCAAUAAAUUGUCAUUUUUGUCAAAUAUCAAAUGCUUAUAUUAAACCAUAUAUUGAACCAAUAGUUGACACAACCAUAAAUCCUACUAUAGAUACAGUUAAAAAAAUUGAUAAUGAUUUAAAAAUUUCCAGAACAUUAGUUCAAUUACAAAAAAUUGAUUCAAAAUAUGGAAUUCAAGCUGGAUAUGAUAAAUUUAUAGAUUUAAUUCAAGAUAGUAUAAAUUGGUUUCAAUUAAAUAUAGAACCAUAUAUUUCAUUAUUCAUAAAUCAAAUUAAUUUAAAAUUUAAAAUUUAUAUAAACCUUAUAACAAACUUUAUUAAUUCAUAUUUUUUAAUACCAAUAAAUAAACAAUUUUUAAAAAUUUGGUAUAUUAUUACAUCAAAUUCCAUAUUCAAUCAAUUGAUUAAUUCAUCUCAUGCUUCAAAUUUACAAAAUCGAAGUUUAUUUUUACAAAAAGAAUUUAAAAAUUUAAUUAAAUUUAAUGAAUUUUAUCCAAAAGAAUUUAAAUCAAAUAUUAUAAAUGUUGUUAAGGAAGUUUUGGGGAAAGGGUACCAAGAUAAAGAAGAAGAUUGGGAAGAUGUUGAAGAUGAAGAAGCUGACCUUACCGAAGAAACUAUAGUCAUAACUCAAACUAUUUCAGUUUAUGAAAAUGGAGCCAUUGCAACUAAUAACAUAUCACCUGAAUUAUUUGAAAUUUAUAAUGAAAUUGAAAAAUGGGAAAAAAAAAUUAAUAAAACUAUAGAAUUAGCAGAAAUAAAUCUAGUUGAAGAAGUUGAACCAAUAGUUAAUGAUACUAUAGCAGAGUUGAAACCAAAAAUUAGUGAAAUUUUACAAGAUUUACAAAAAGAAAAUCAUUUACAAUAUAAGGAUUUAAAUUUAAAAAUUUCUCAAAUUAAUAAAGAUUUUGAAAAAAUUAAAAAGUCAAAUAAUACAAAAAUUGAAACUGUAUCAAGACAAGAAAUAAGAGAUGAUAUUCAAAAAAGUUAUGAUUUAGCAACAAAUUAUUCAACUAAAAUUCAAGAUCUUAUUAAUAAAGAACAUGAAAAUUUAUUAAUUAAAUAUUUUAAUUCAAUUCAACAAACAAUAGAUAUAUUAGAUUCAUUUGCAGAUUCUUCAAUAAAUGAAUUUUCAACACAAUUAACACAAUUAAUUUCAAAAAAUAAAAUAAAUGAAUCAAAAACAUGGUCAAUAUGGAAAAAAUUUCAUUUUAUAAAAAAUUUAUUAUUUAAAUUUAGAGAUGAACUUUUACAUAAUUCAAAUGAAUAUAAAUUAGAUAAUAAAAAUCCUGAAAUUAAACACAAAGUUAUUGGAUUAAAAGAAUGGAAUACUUACUUAAAUAAUAUUGAAUUUCAUUUAAAUUAUUUAAUUAGAGAUAAUGGUGAUUAUUUAAGAUUAAUUCGUGCAAAAGCUAAUGUUGCUUUUCAAAUGAGAGAAGAAUUGGUAUAUAAUUUGGAAAAAGCAAAGAAUGAUAAAGAAGAAGAAGAAAAGAGAAAAAUUGAAGAACAAAAGUCUCAGCAAAGAGAAAUAGAAGAAAAACAGAAAGAAGAAGAGGAUAAAAAAAAACAAGUGGAAGAAGCAAAAGUGGAAACUGAGCAACAAUCAAAAGUCGAACAUGAUACAAAAACUGAAGAUAAAUCAGUUGUGGAAGAAAUAAUAGAAGAAGAAGAAGAAAUAAUAGUUCCUGAAGAACACCAAGAACAAGAACAAGAACCAAAAGAUGAAGAACAACAAGAAGAACAACAGCAGCAGCAACAACAACAACAACAACCACAGGAAGAAGAAAAAGAAGAAGAGAUAAAAAAACCAAAUUUAGAUGAAAUAAAGGAUGAAGAAGACGGCAUUGAAGAUGAAGAUGAAAAGGAUGAAGAAAACAUAGAUGAAAUAAUAUUGGAAACAGAAGCAAGUUAA